AUAUAAAUUUGAUUUUAAAGAUUUUGGAGAAAAUCUUUCAUAGAUUCUAGCAAAUCCAGGCAAUGUCUAAUUCGACCAGGUGUGCAGCUUGCAAAUCUCUAAGGAGAAGAUGCUCUCAAGAUUGCGUUUUGGCACUGUAUUUCCCAGCUAAUAAUGCAGAGAGAUUUUCCUGUGUUCAUAAGAUUUUCGGAACAAGCAAUGUUACUAUGAUGUUAGAGCAACUUCCAAUCCAAUCGCGAGCAGAAGCUGCAGAUUGCAUGGUAAUGGAAGCAAGUUCAAGAAUUCAAGACCCAAUUUACGGAUGCACAAAAACAAUUUUUGAAUUGCAGCAACAAAUAAUUCAAACUCAGUAUGAAAUAGCAAAGAUUCAAUGCCAAAUAGCCAUUUGUUGUGCUCAACAACAAAUGAAUAAUCACCAACAACUUGUAAACCAACAAAACCAAUAUCAACAACAACAACCUCCAUGGAUGAUGAUGAAUGCAAAUCAUAAUCAUCAACAACAACAAGAAGAAGAACAACUUCACUUGGAUCAUCAUCAACAGUUGUCAGGCUCUCACCACCAUCCUCAAUUUUAGAUAGCGAGGUCAGAAAGAAAAAGAAAUUAUUAUAGUUUAGUGAGGAAAAAACAUUGUAAUUUCUUGUCAUUUUGUUUGGAUAAAUAAUAAAGGAGGAACUACUUGUAAGUAGAGAAAGAAAAAAAAAUUACCAAUGCAUGAGGGGGUGCAAGCAUGUCUGUGAUGGAGUGUAAAUGAAAUACUGUGGAGGGUGCAAGUGUCACUUCCACCUCCUCAUGUAUUGAUUAUUUUUUCAUUCUCUUACCUACAUGUAAUUCUCCCAAUAAUAAAUGAAAAAGAAUAUGUGUGUCAUUUUAUUUUUUUUAUUUUAUGUUUAAAUGAGUAAUUUAGGUAUUACUGCAGUUGGCAGAUUUUCAUCACCAACCUCAAUUUUAGCUUCUGUUUGAAUGGUGGGGUGAGAAAGGAACUUUUGUUUUUG